AUGGGGCUUAACUUGAAUAUCAAAUUGUCUGAAUUAUCAUCUGCAUCACCUAACCGACUUCUCGCCAAGAUAGGUGAUUACAUGAUAGUUACGGUUCGGCUUAUUCGAAAUUUCGAAUACCGCACAAUCCGCACCAUUCCUAUCCGAGAGGUGGACAUCACUCAAACAGUAGACCAAUUCAUCGCUCGUCUUGUCCAGGACCUCAAAUCAGUAAAAGGUAUCCCGCCACCCUUCAAAACACACCCCUACGAUACCCUCAAGAUAUCCCACCAAGCCGGCAGCUUCAAAGCAAAUGAUAUCGUCAUCAACCUAGAGGAUGAUAAGCUGUUGAUCCUCCCCGGAGAGAAGACCCUAGAGGAGUGUGGAGUGAUGUCCGAGACAGAGUUGUCAUUCUUCACUCUGGCCGCGUAUCAAGCGUACAAACUGAAACCGGAGACCAAGUGGUGA